GCUGGCUAGAGGCGGGGGUCCCCCUCGCGCCCCGGCCCCGCGGGACCCUCGUGGUUCCCCGCGCGCGGGCUCCCGGCCGGCCGCGACCCUGUCGGCCCCGACGGCCGCCGCCGCCGCCCCCCCUCGCCGCACCCCUGCCCCGAGCAUGGGGACGGCACCGCUGCUCCGGCGCGGGGGGUGCUGCGCGCUGGGCCUGUCGCUGCUGCUGCUGGGCUGCUGGGCCGAGCUGGGCGCGGGGCUGGAGUUCCCGGGAGCCGACGGCCAGUGGACGCGCUUCCCCAAGUGGAACGCCUGCUGCGAGAGCGAGCUGAGCUUCGAGCUGAAGACUCGCAGCGCGCGCGGGCUGCUGCUCUACUUCGACGACGAGGGCUUCUGCGACUUCCUGGAGCUGGUGCUGGCGCAGGGCGGCCGCCUGCAGCUCAGCCUGUCCAUCUUCUGCGCCGAGCCCGCCACGCUGCUGGCCGAGCCGCCCGUCAACGACGGCGCGUGGCACCACGUGCGGCUGAAGCGCCAGUUCCGCAACACGUCGCUGCAGAUCGACGGGCGCGACGCGCAGUGGGUGCAGGUGGCGUCCAAGCGGCGCGACAUGACGGUGUUCAGCGGGCUUUUCGUGGGGGGCCUGCCCCCCGACCUGCGCCAGGCUGCGCUCAAGCUCACGCUGGCAGCCGUGCGCCAGCGUCCGCCCUUCCGCGGCUCCAUCCGCGAUGUCCGCGUAGACGCAGUGCCCGCCCUGCCGCUCGCCAGCGGCCACGUGCGCCUGGACCCCGACCCUGACGACGGCAGCGACGGCCACGGCGAUGAGCGCGGCCCCUGCGAGCCGGACGAGCGCGGCGGCCACGGCGUGUGCCUCAACGGCGGCGUGUGCUCCGUGGUGGACGACCAGCCCGUGUGCGACUGCUCCAGGACGGGCUUCCGCGGCAAGGACUGCAGCCAAGAAGACAACAAUGUGGAAGGUCUGGCGCACCUGAUGAUGGGCGACGAAGGAAAAGAAGAAUACAUUGCCACUUUCAAAGGAUCUGAAUACUUCUGCUACGACUUGUCUCAGAACCCCAUUCAAAGCAGCAGUGAUGAAAUAACUCUGUCCUUUAAAACUCUUCAGAGGAAUGGACUGAUGCUUCAUACUGGAAAAUCAGCCGACUAUGUCAAUCUUGCCCUGAAAAAUGGAGCUGUCUCUCUGGUCAUUAAUUUGGGAUCAGGGGCCUUUGAAGCACUAGUGGAGCCUGUGAAUGGAAAGUUUAAUGAUAAUGCCUGGCAUGAUGUGAAAGUCACCAGGAACCUGCGUCAGCACUCAGGCAUUGGACACGCUAUGGUGACAAUAUCAGUGGAUGGGAUUCUCACCACAACGGGCUACACGCAAGAAGAUUAUACCAUGCUGGGGUCUGAUGACUUUUUCUAUGUUGGAGGCAGUCCCAGCACGGCAGACCUGCCAGGGUCACCAGUCAGUAACAACUUUAUGGGCUGUCUCAAGGAGGUUGUUUAUAAAAAUAAUGAUGUAAGGCUGGAGUUAUCUCGGCUUGCCAAGCAAGGAGACCCUAAGAUGAAGAUCCAUGGGGUGGUGGCAUUUAAAUGUGAGAAUGUUGCAACUUUGGACCCUAUUACCUUUGAAACCCCAGAGUCUUUCAUCUCUCUGCCUAAAUGGAAUGCUAAGAAAACAGGAUCCAUUUCGUUUGAUUUCCGCACAACGGAGCCAAAUGGCCUCAUUUUAUUUAGCCAUGGUAAACCGAGACACCAAAAAGAUGCCAAGAACCCACAGAUGAUAAAAGUUGACUUCUUUGCUAUUGAGAUGCUGGAUGGCCACCUCUACCUCCUCCUGGACAUGGGGUCAGGUACCAUCAAAAUCAAAGCACUACAGAAGAAGGUAAAUGAUGGAGAAUGGUACCAUGUGGACUUCCAGAGAGACGGACGGUCAGGUACCAUUUCUGUCAACACCUUGCGCACCCCCUACACGGCUCCCGGAGAGAGCGAGAUCCUAGACCUGGACGAUGAGCUGUACCUGGGGGGUCUGCCAGAGAACAAGGCGGGUCUGGUCUUCCCCACGGAAGUGUGGACAGCUCUGCUCAACUACGGCUAUGUGGGAUGCAUUCGAGACUUGUUCAUCGACGGUCAGAGCAAAGACAUCCGGCAGAUGGCUGAGGUUCAGAGCACUGCGGGAGUAAAGCCCUCCUGUUCGAGGGAAACAGCAAAACCGUGCCUUAGCAACCCUUGCAAAAAUAACGGCUUGUGCAGGGACGGAUGGAACCGAUACGUCUGUGAUUGUUCUGGAACGGGUUACCUUGGCAGGUCCUGUGAGAGAGAAGCAACGGUUCUGAGCUAUGACGGGAGCAUGUUCAUGAAGAUCCAGCUCCCCGUGGUGAUGCACACGGAGGCCGAGGAUGUGUCCUUACGGUUCCGAUCCCAGCGUGCCUAUGGCAUCCUCAUGGCUACCACGUCCAGAGAAUCAGCGGACACCCUCCGUCUGGAGCUGGACGCAGGGCGUGUGAAACUGACGGUCAACCUAGAUUGUAUCAGGAUUAACUGUAAUUCCAGCAAAGGUCCCGAGACCCUUUUUGCCGGCUAUAACCUCAAUGAUAAUGAAUGGCACACAGUGCGUGUGGUUCGUCGAGGAAAAAGUUUAAAGUUAACGGUGGAUGACCAACAGGCCAUGACAGGGCAAAUGGCAGGUGAUCAUACAAGGCUGGAGUUUCACAAUAUAGAGACUGGCAUCAUCACAGAACGACGGUAUCUGUCUUCCGUUCCCUCCAAUUUCAUUGGACAUUUGCAGAGUCUGACGUUCAAUGGGAUGGCAUACAUUGACUUGUGUAAGAAUGGCGACAUAGAUUAUUGUGAGCUGAAUGCCAGAUUUGGCUUCAGGAACAUCAUCGCCGACCCUGUCACCUUCAAGACCAAAUCAAGCUAUGUUGCCUUAGCUACACUUCAAGCCUACACUUCUAUGCAUCUUUUUUUCCAGUUCAAGACGACGUCCCUAGAUGGACUAAUUCUGUACAACAGUGGGGAUGGAAAUGACUUUAUUGUGGUUGAAUUAGUUAAAGGGUACUUACAUUACGUGUUUGAUUUGGGAAAUGGUGCUAACCUCAUCAAAGGAAGCUCAAAUAAACCUCUCAAUGACAAUCAGUGGCAUAACGUGAUGAUCUCAAGGGACACCAGCAACCUCCACACUGUAAAGAUCGACACGAAAAUCACAACGCAAAUCACCGCAGGAGCCAGAAACUUAGACCUCAAGAGUGACUUAUAUAUAGGAGGAGUGGCAAAAGAAAGCUACAAAUCCCUACCCAAACUCGUCCAUGCCAAGGAGGGCUUUCAAGGUUGCCUGGCAUCAGUGGACUUAAACGGGCGGCUUCCAGACCUCAUCUCAGAUGCCCUUUUCUGCAAUGGACAAAUUGAGAGAGGAUGUGAAGGGCCCAGCACAACCUGCCAGGAAGACUCAUGCUCAAACCAGGGCGUUUGCUUACAGCAGUGGGACGGUUUCAGCUGUGACUGUAGCAUGACUUCCUUCAGCGGACCCCUGUGCAAUGACCCUGGGACAACGUAUAUCUUUAGCAAAGGUGGUGGACAAAUUACAUAUAAGUGGCCUCCUAAUGACCGUCCAAGUACGAGAGCCGACAGAUUGGCUAUCGGGUUUAGCACUGUCCAGAAGGAAGCUGUGCUGGUGAGAGUGGACAGCUCAUCCGGCCUGGGCGACUACCUCGAGCUGCAUAUACACCAAGGAAAGAUUGGAGUUAAAUUUAAUGUUGGGACAGAUGACAUCGCCAUUGAAGAGUCCAGUACAAUCAUUAACGAUGGGAAGUACCAUGUAGUUCGUUUCACGAGGAGUGGUGGCAAUGCCACGUUACAGGUGGACAGCUUGCCAGUGAUCGAGCGUUACCCCGCAGGAAACAAUGAUAACGAGCGCCUGGCGAUUGCUAGACAGCGAAUUCCAUAUCGACUUGGUCGAGUAGUUGAUGAAUGGCUACUCGACAAAGGGCGUCAGCUCACAAUCUUCAAUAGCCAAGCAACCAUAAUAAUUGGCGGGAAAGAGCAGGGCCACCCCUUCCAGGGCCAGCUCUCUGGGCUUUACUACAAUGGCUUGAAAGUUCUGAAUAUGGCAGCCGAGAAUGAUGCCAACAUCGACAUAGUGGGAAAUGUGAGACUGGUUGGUGAAGUGCCUUCCUCUAUGACAACUGAGUCGACAGCCACUGCCAUGCAGUCAGAGAUGUCCACCUCGAUUAUGGAGACCACCACAACCCUGGCUACCAGUACAGCCAGAAGAGGGAAGCCCCCCACGAAAGAGCCCGUUAGCCAGACUACAGAUGAUAUCCUCGUGGCCUCCGCAGAAUGUCCCAGUGACGAUGAGGACAUUGACCCCUGUGAGCCGAGCUCAGCCAACCCGACCCGAGCAGGUGGGCGAGAACAGUACCCAGGACCAGCGGAAGUCAUCCGGGAAUCCAGCAGCACCACGGGCAUGGUGGUGGGCAUAGUGGCCGCGGCAGCCCUGUGCAUCCUCAUCCUCCUCUACGCCAUGUACAAGUACCGAAACCGGGAUGAAGGCUCGUACCAUGUGGAUGAGAGCAGAAACUACAUCAGUAACUCAGCGCAGUCCAAUGGGGCUGUUGUAAAGGAGAAACAACCCAGCAGUGCGAAAAGCGCCAACAAAAAUAAGAAAAACAAGGAUAAAGAGUAUUACGUCUGAUCGCAAGGUCUUCAAAGGACCCUUGUAUAGAAAUAGUCUUCAUUUUAUCUGAGACAUAAUAUAAACUUAUUUACUUUCCUUUUUAUGAAGCACAUACAAAAGAAGACAGGGAAUGCAAUCAGGAAGGAAAGACUGUUUUUAAACAAACAAACAAACAACCCCAAGUAUCUCAUGCUCUUGUUUCUCCAAAAAAGAAAAAAGAAAAAAUAAUAAAACAGGGGCCAAUAAAUUCCCUAACAUCCACAGUGUUUUCAUUUACUCUUCCUGUCUUUAUGUUGCUGGAACAUUUCUAAAAGACACUGAUGACCGCACGCAUUCAUAAAGCAAAGGAGUAUUAUUACAUCAAGGCACAACACAACAACAACACAAACACAACACACAAAAAAGAAGCUACCUAUGAUCCCGGAUUUAGCCAAAGUGCUAGUGCUUUCCUGAGAAGUCAGUUAGUCUGAUUGCCGGAGAAGACUGUCAUUUUGAGGGACUCGACCUGCAAACAUUUAGGAGUUUUCUGACUGGUGCAUCUGGAGCAGUGGUUGAACUUGAGUUUGAAACAAGUGCUGGCUUUUUUGAAGACUUGUGUAGGAACACGUUCAAAAAGCCCCUUUCUGGUUGUGAGGGAAAAAAAAAUGUACGGAGGCCUUAUUUUUCAACAAUGUGAAAUAUAAGGCACAUUUUCACACUAAAUUUCAAAAUGAAAACAAGAGGGCAUAGAUGCAAUCAUUGGGAAAAUUUUCAUGCACGCUUAAUAUGUUAUUACAUAUGUUUAUAUAAAUCCAUCUCUGUGUGCUUUCUGGACUGUGAUAAGUGACGUUUUAUAGCCUGUUGUAUAGAAAAUGCAAAAUAUAUCUCUGCUCUUCAGCCAUUUUUGGUAAAUUCAAUGUUAUAAGUGUUGCUAAGUAUAGGGAGUUUUAUGACAUCAGAGCAACAAUUAUUUCAGGGUUUUGGGUUUGUUUAAGUUGUCAUUUUUUGCCACCAUUAUAAAUUGCCACGAUUACUUAAUUUUUUAAAAAAAUACAAUGUAGUGUUUAUUCUAAGGAAGAUAUGUAUGAAUGUAUAUAAAAACAAAACUCAGCUACUUUUUUCUUACAUGUACAGCCUUCAUUCUGUUGCAGUUUUGUUUUAGUAUCUGUAUGAAAGGUGUGAAUUAGAAGGUAACAUAUAUACAUAUGAACCUUAUAACCAUUUUUCUCCCCAGUAAAUUCACAUUUCCCACGUAUAUUCUCCAAUCACACACGCACACACACACACACACACACACACAAAUUCAAAGUAAUCCAUCAGAUAUGAUGGAUGACCCCAACAUUCAUAUAAGAGCUAAUUUACUGACAAAUCAAAAGCAGAAAGGAAGAUAGUUGUGCCAAUGUAUUGAUGACAAAUGGGGUGAUUUGCUUCAUUGAUAUCAUGCUCCCAGGACACCAUGAGAUGAUUUUAGUCCCUAAUGAAACUGAACCUUUUCUUAUCAAGGAGAAUAUCAUUGGCUUAUUGCUGUAUGACCAUGAACCAUUAUGUGGGCAGGUUAUGGAAGCAAAAUUGGUUCAUCUUCACCUUAACCCUCGUUGUGGCAAUGGAAAACUUUGUUUCCAACAGGAUCAUAUAUGUAUGAUCUGAACCUGAUGUGCAUGGUAAUGAUAAACAUUUUUGGAAAGUAAAUAUGUUCUGAACUAAGAAAGUAUUUUCAGUAAUUUUUGAUUCUGUAUUACUAUCCAUUUAAAAAUCAUAAUAUGUUGAUUACUGACUAUUUUAACUUUUAUUAUUUUACACAUAUAUCAUUAUAGUUUUAGUUUAACACACAUUCAGUGUAGGAAAGUAUAUACACUUGUUUUGCAUAUUUUUCAAUGAUGUUCAUAGCAAUAAAUUACUAUGAGAAGAUAAUGCAAAGGAAAUGCAUUAUUAGACUUAAAUGACAUCUCAAUAAAAGUUGGUCACUUUACAUUAAUAUAUUCUAAAGAAUUGGUCCAUUUCACAAGAACAAUUACCACCACAAUUAGCUAAAUCAGCAAAGACAAAAUAUUGCAAAACAUCUUUUGUGUUAUUUAUUUAAGAAACAGAAAUUGACCUGAAUUUCAGACACAUAAGACAUUAGGAUACAUAGAAGUCACAGCAAAUCGCCACUAUUUAUGGUUGCCAAGAAUUUGUUGUACAUGGAGUGAUUUAAAGGCUUCUCAUGGACCAGAAAGUAGAACUAUAAAACUAAAAUUGAAUAUUCAUCACUUAUGUUUCAGAUUUUUUUCUUCCUUUUUUUAAAAAAAUAAUGCCAGGUUAAAGAAUUCAUUGGUCUUUUUUUGUUCCUGUUCUCAUUCAGUCUUACUCAGGGAAAGUCAGUGAAAUAAGAAGGUAAAAUACAUAACUACUUACAGCUUGAGGUUUAAAAAAGAAAUGGUUGCUUUUCCAUUUGAUCAGCUGAAUCUGAACUGGUUUCCAUCUGGAAGUAUUCUCGAAAACCAUAGGCUAUAAAUUAAAUUACUGUAUUUUUCAGCAGUGUACAAGAAACAAGUUGUUUGGAAUUAUUUUCCAUGUUCCUUUCCAGCAUAAAUUUUAAAUUUGUAUGCAAUCAUAUAAUAAUCUAAUACUGUCAGUAAAAUAUUUCUAAUGUUGGCCUACACAAAAUAUAGUAGAAUUUUCUUCUGCUUUCUUUCUUUUUGAGUAGGGAAAGAAGAAUCUGAGCUAGGAGAGAAAAAAAGGCAAAUAAAAAAAAAGCCCAAGUAUUUCAUACCAAAUGUAUCAGGCUUCCAUGCAGAGCUUGCAGUUAAUAGAGGAUUUCACACUACCUGGCAUAAAUGCAACUACAUCUCCAAACUGUAACUUUUCUGAUUGAGUAUGCUUCUUUUUUAUUCAUGUACUGUGUUGCCUUUAAAACCAACAACAACAAUAAUGUGUGAGGUGGUCAAUCCCCAAAACAUCAAAGAGAGACCAGGUCAUCCUACCCUUUCUAGUGCUUUGUGUGAUUGGGUAUUAAGGGUUCUGUUUUGUUUCAUUUUUCUGUUACAAGACCAAUUUAUCCAUUAUUGGAAAUGCUAAGCAAGUGGAAAUUACUGUUUUGUUAAUAAAAUAUUUCUUAAUACAA